GUAGUAGUAGUUAUGGUUCUUACCCAUCACACACAUUUUAUUAAGUACUGUUUAUCGUAAAAAAACUCUGUAAGGUGAUGAUGCCAAAAAUAAUUUAAACCUUGGCGUAAACAAUUAAAGCAGUGUAAUCAAACAUCAAAAUCUAGUACUUAAGAACUUUAAAGUCCAAAUCUUCUUAUUGUGUUGCUGAAAAUGAACGACAAUAUUCUCAAAGGCCKAAAAUUAAAACAGGCCGUCCCUAAAAAAAGUUUAGGCCAGUUAUUUUUUGACUGUGCAACCCUCCACGGUGAUAAAUUGUGUCAGGUUGACGGUACAGUUGACGCAAUAGAAUCAUACUCGAGUGUAAAACAAAGAAGUACACGUGUGGCUAUAGCACUUGAAGAAAGAGGAAUUACGUCCAAGGAUGUAAUUGCCUUUUGCACAGGAAAUACCUUGGACACUGCAAUACCGAUUUUGGCAACGUUUUAUUUAGGCGCCAAAGUUGCAAAUUUGGAUCCGAGUCUUUCAGUCCGCCAGACCCAACAUCUAAUUUCUUUGGUUUCUCCAAAAAUAAUUUUUGUUGAAGAAAAUGCAGUAGAGUUAAUCGAGAACAGUCUAAAGCACACAAGUCUAAAGUCAGAGAUAAUUGUUUAUGGCCGAUGUGCGAAGUACACAAGUCUUUCGGAUUUGAUCCAACCACAGAAAAAUGAAGCGACUUUUAGACCUCCAGGAGUGGAUUUGAAUGAAGUUGCGCUUAUUUUUUUCAGUAGUGGUACUACAGGCCUACCGAAAGCGAUUUGUCACACUCAUAAAACUUGUGUGCUGAUAGGAUGCACUCUACAAGAGUACGGAUGGGGACACGCGGGGCUCCACUUUACUUCGUUUUAUUGGAUUACGGCCGUGUUUAUGUUGCUUUCCUCUUUUAUGACAGGUGGAUAUCGAUUGUUUCUCCGAUCUAUGAACCCAGAAACAACCUUAAAAACUAUCGAGAAAUACAAAGUUGAGAACAUGUUUCUAGCACCAGUUUUGGUUAACAAUUUUAUGUCACUUGAUGAAAGUGUAAAAUACGAUACUUCUUCAUUACGAAUUAUUGUUUGUGGUGGUACACCAAUGACAUCAGCACAGCAAGAAACAAUGUCAAAGCUGUUUCAACAUUCAAAAAUUCUUUGCGUUUAUGGAAUGACUGAAGUUGGAAUAAUUUCAUUAUUUCAUGAUGAAAGAGAUAAAGAAUUUUUAGAUAUCAAACCACUAUCUUGUGGUAAACCAUUCCAAGAAAUUAAACUUAAAAUCGUUAAUGUUGAAUCAGGACAAGCUCUCGGAGCAAACCAAAAAGGCGAAAUUCGGGUUGAUACACCCUGUAUGUUCCAGAAAUAUUACAACGCUAAUUCUUCGGAUGUAUUUGACGAAGAAGGUUUUUUAAAAACUGGAGAUAUCGGAUAUUAUGAUGAAGAUGGUUGUCUUUAUGUCAUUGAUAGAAUCAAGGAAAUGUUUAAAUACAAAUCGUGGCAUAUUGUACCAACCCUCAUUGAGAAUAUUUUAACCGAACAUUCUGCUGUAGAAGAAGCUGCUGUAUUUGGUGUGCCUUGCGGUGAUGAUGGUGAAAUACCAGCUGCUUGCGUAGUUCUUAAAGAUGGUGUUAAAGUUACGAAAGAAGAAAUUGAACAGUUUGUGAUUGAGAAUGUUUCCGACAGAGAAAAGUUAAGAGGAGGCAUUAAGUUUGUAAAAAGUUUAGCCAAAACUCCAACAGGGAAGCUUCUAAGAAAGGAAAUUAGAAAUUUGUUUCUUAAGGCUUUGUAAUUUGAUUUAUUGUUAUGUAACAGUAGUGUAGUGAGAUAUCAUGAACGGACCCACGUUAAAUGUAGACCCCUUCUGAUAAAAGAAAACUGUAAUCAAACAAAAGUAGUAUGUAGUUGGAAAAUAGUUGUGAUUGUCGAUUUUUUAGAUUGAUUUUUUAAUGUAGAAAAAAACAGUUUGUGUUAGAUAUGAAAAUAGAAAUUUAGCUAAAUUCUUGUAAUGUUUAAGGACUGUUCACAUAAAUAAAUUUAAAACUAAA